UCAGAGCGCUGAAUGCUGCUCCAUUAUAAGGCUAUAUCCUGUCAGUCUUUCUCUCCCGUCCGGAAUCGCAGCGUGACCUACGUUUCGUGUCUUUCGUAGACUUAAAAAUGCGUUACGUGGCCGCUUACCUUUUGGCUGUGCUGGGUGGAAACACCAGCCCCUCCGCCAAGGAUAUCAAGAAUAUCCUGGGGAGUGUAGGAAUCGAGGCCAACGAUGAACGCCUGAAUAAGGUGGUCAGUGAACUGAAUGGUAAAGACAUCAAUGAAGUCAUGAAUGCCGGCCUCUCUAAGUUAGCCUCCGUGCCAGCGGGUGGUGCUGUGGCAGUCUCUGCCGCCGCUCCUGGUGGUGGUGGGGCUCCAGCAGCUGGGGAAGCACCUGCAGCGGAAGAGAAAAAGGAGGAGAAGAAAGAGGAAUCUGAGGAGUCGGAUGAAGACAUGGGCUUUGGCCUCUUUGAUUAAUCUUUCUUCUUUUCAGAACAAUAAAAAUGGAAAAGAUGUUUUAA